AUGAGCUGGUUCAGAGCUUUAGCCAGCAGAAGAGUCACGGAUGCAUCCGCAUCUCUAUACAGUACGAGCAGAAUACGAGGACUGGCGUCAGGAAUAACAUCCCGACCAAACCUCGACACCAGCAGCACCAUCGCAACCACGAAAUCCAUAAUCCCCGAUGUUGCAACCACAGCAUCCAACUACCAAGCCGACCCACUAGUCGAACAAGUCGUAAACAACAUCAUGAAGCAUGGUAAAAAAACACUAGCACGACGCCUCGUAUCCGAUGCCCUGCUCUACAUCCAACGCAUCAGUAAAACAGGGGACGCAGCAUCGAAUCCACGUAAUAUACUGUCGCAGGCUGUAGACAUUGCUUCGCCACUCGUCAAGAUCGCAUCAAUGAAACGAGGUGCAAAGACUAUACAUCAUCCACGGCCUAUUAGUGAGCAUGUGAGAAGGAGAACUGGGAUAUUGUGGAUUGUGCAGGCUGCCAAGAGUCGGGGAAAGGGCAAGCCGUUUCCUGAACGGUUUGGAAAUGAGGUGUUGGCUGUCUUGUCUGGAGAGUCGUCUGCGCUGCAGAAAAAGCUGAAUCUGCACAAGAUGGCGCUUGCGAAUCGUAGUAAUGUAAUUAUGCAGGAUCGAAAGAUUGGUGGUGGGUCGAGGUAG